AUGGAACUAAAAAAGUUAAUAGAGAGAAAAGUAGCAUUGACCAAAUCAUCACAAAGAUCACCAUCUCCUCAAAGAGGUUGUUAUAAGUGUGGUGAUACAAACCAUUUUCAGAGAAAUUGCCCCAGAUCACCAUCACGCUCACCAGAUAGAAAAGCUGACGCAUCAGUUGAGAAUGACGAUGAAAAAAAGAUGCUCAAAAUUGGAAAAGAGGAAGGGGGAUCAUCAAUCAGAGUCCCAGUUCAAAUUAACAGUCAUAAAACAAAAGCAGUUAUUGAUACUGGUGCAGAAAUUACAGUUCUAUCUCAAGACUUUGUUAAAAAAGUAGAUUUGAAUUAUUCUUGCUCUAACAAGGUCACACUUCUUAAUGCAGAAACUGGCAAUAAGAUGAUGGCAGUUAAUAAUGUCAGUGUACGCAUUAACUUGGGCAAGUCAACAACCAAUUGGAAAGUGUGCAUUGCUCCAAUCCGUGAUGAUGUUCUAAUUGGAAUGGAUUUAUUGAUGGCUGUCGAUGCUGUAGUCUUAGCAAGACAGGGGGAUUUAUUAGUUAAAGGGGAACUUGUCCUGGGGAAUACUAAUACAGUCAAACCUGUUUUAAGAGGCCACUUGUGGGAGAAUGACAAAUUGGCCACAUAA